AUGCCUAUGGAGUAAAGCUGACGAAUUCCCAAAGUAGGAAAACGCAAAGUAAGCAAAAAUGACGUCGGGUUGAAGAUGUAGGCGUUUUGCUACUAUUUUAUCGGAUCCUGAGGAUAUAAGCAUUCUUUCCCCUUGAAUUGGACGGACCGCCCUGCCCUUCAACUCGGAAAAUGCCUCCCUAAGGACUUAAUAAUGGCUUACGAGGCGUUGUGACGUCCCACGCGUUGAAACAUAUUACUCGCCACAGCAUAAUGAAUAGUAAGAGUUGGGCGGUGGGAUAACAAGAGCGACUUAAUCAGCUCUGGAAGCUCCAGGGUUUUGUUUUGUGGAACGAACACUAUUAUAGUUAAUAGAAUCACUGGACGGAAUAAAAUAAAAUAAAAAAUAGGUGUAGCGCAUAAUGAGAGUUGCGCCGGGGGUGAAAAGGGGAAAAGUCUCUCCCGUGGAAAGGGCGGGCUGUCCGCUGUGACAGCACUGGACAACCAACUUCCAAUCAAGGGUAUGCUAGACAGUAUUGUCUCUCCCGUGAAUGCUGAGUUUAUACUCGUCCCAGGCUUUGGAGAAUGCGUAGCAGGACUGAGGCACGCAUCACCCGCUGUGAGUUCGCAGUCAUUUCUCGAUUGAACAGGAACGAACAAAACAAGAGUCCUACAACCAGAGGUGAAAUCAGAGCGGACAAUCUCCCAGUGGCGGCGACCUACCUAUACUCUCUGUGUUGCGGAUUUUGAACCCCUCCUCAAUGGCAUGCCACUCGAGCCGGUAGCAAUGGCACGAACCCACUCAGGGCAAGAUAAGGGGAUGGGCUGCGUCCUCACACCGAGCCGCAUCCUGGCGUCUAUGCUGCUGCUGUUCGUCACCUGCCAGACUAGUUUUUCUGAUACUACAGAAGAGCCCCUGAAAGAAGCUGAGGCAAAUGACAACAUAACAAUAUUUACACGAAUAUUAGAUGGACUACUGGAUGGCUAUGACAACAGGCUACGUCCAGGUCUGGGAGAGAAGGUUACAGAAAUAAAAACCGAUAUAUUUGUUACAAGCUUCGGCCCAGUCUCAGAUACUGAAAUGGAGUACACGAUCGACGUGUUUUUCCGGCAGAGCUGGAAGGACGAGCGGCUUAGCUUCAAAGGACCCAUGGAGAGGCUCCCUCUCAACAACCUGCUGGCCAGCAACAUCUGGACGCCUGACACUUUCUUCCUCAACGGGAAAAAGUCCAUCGCUCACAACAUGACCACCCCCAACAAGCUCCUGCGACUGCAGGAUGAUGGAACACUGCUGUACACCAUGAGGUUAACCAUAUCGGCCGAGUGCCCCAUGCAGUUGGAGGACUUCCCUAUGGACGCCCAUGCCUGCCCCCUGAAAUUUGGAAGCUAUGCUUAUCCAAUCUCUGAGGUGGUCUACAUUUGGACCAAGGACUCCACUACGUCUGUGGUGGUAGCUGAGGACGGCUCGAGGCUUAACCAGUACCACCUGAUCGGUCAAACCGCUGGCACAGAGAAUAUCUACACCAGCCGAGGUCAGUACACAGUGAUGAUGGCCCACUUCUACUUGAAGAGAAAGAUUGGCUACUUCGUCAUCCAGAUCUAUAUGCCCUGUUUCAUGACGGUCAUCCUGUCUCAAGUGUCCUUCUGGCUCAACCGAGAGUCAGUGCCAGCAAGGACCGUCUUUGGUGUGACCACAGUACUGACCAUGACCACGCUCAGCAUCAGUGCCCGCAACUCCCUCCCCAAGGUAGCCUACGCCACCGCCAUGGACUGGUUCAUCGCCGUGUGCUACGCAUUCACCUUCUCUGCGCUUAUUGAGUUUGCCACAGUCAACUACUUCACCAAGAGGAGCUGGGCCUGGGAUGGCAAGAAGGCCAUGGAGGCACAGCAUCCCAAGAAGCGAGACCCCUUAAUGCUGUCCAAAAAGCCCAACAACGCGUGCUCCGCCGGGGUCAACUUCACGCCCAACCUGACCAAAGACGUGGCCAUCUCCACCAUCUCCAACAGCACCACCAUCCAGAUGCGUGCGGCCGAGGCGCGCGAGCCAGACCCCAAAAAGACAUACAACAGCGUCAGCAGGAUCGACAAGAUGUCGCGCAUCAUCUUCCCCGUGCUCUUUGGGACCUUCAACCUGGUGUACUGGGCCACCUACCUCAACCGGGAACCCGUCAUCAAAGGGGCCAUGUCGCCCUAGAGAAGAAUGCUGCUCUGUCUUGUCAACAUCUACUCUCUCCUCUCAACCCGAACACACACACACACACACACACACACACACACACACACACACACACACACCAUAUUACCUUAGAAUUUGUGACCAGGAUCAUGGAUGACGUGGAGCUGAUGCUUUCUGAUCAUCUGUUCAUAUGUCCAUACGUUCAUGCAUUCACCUCUUCAUAAUGGGAGAUGGACUACCAUGUCCAUAAAGUAUUUUGCAUGAUAGAAGCAGAAAAAAAGAAGAACAAAACUGAAAUACAGUUGCCAUGUAUGCCUUGACAAUUUCUACUGUAUAAUCCCCUUGCUUACUUUUCAUAUAAAUGUCGCCAUUGCCAUUGAAGUCCUUUCCACCUCCCUUGUACAAACAAACAAACAAACAAACAAUUUUUUGUUUUGGGAAAGAAAACAAAACAAAGCAUCCCAUCCCAAAUCUGAGGCAAAAGAAAACAGUUUGAUUUACCCUCUUUUCAUUUGAGACCACCUAAUCAUGAGAAAAAAAAACAGACUGAAUGCUAUGCAAAUCUAUGUCAACAUAUUCUCUCAUAUUAAUGCAAUAUGCAAUAAAGGAUUGAGGAACCAAAACAUGAUUUUCAAAGGGCUAAUGAGUCCUCUUUUGCCAAACACAGACUAAUUGGCUGUCAGUCAAAUCAGAAGAGCGUUGCACGGCAGUGCCCCCUAAUCUUGUGUCCCUAAUCUUGUGUUGUUUUUAAAGCUUUGUUUCCAAACCCAGUUUUUUGACUUCUCUGGGGUCUUUUCUACAUGUGGUGUAUAAAUAGAAUGACUUAUGAGGUCCAGACAAAUGUUUUUCCCCAAGUAUGUGAGAGUCCAUUACCGAUAGCAAGAGGUGGGCUUGUAGUUGAAAUCUCACAUCUCCAGUUAAGUAUUAGAUACUCCCUUGUGUGAAAGAAAUAAUAAUAAUUCAGAAUUGGCUCUAUGGAUUUUAAUACAUAUACACAGUACCUGUGGCCCAGAAAUCAAUGUUAAUCAUACAUUAUUGUUUGGUUUGGUUUCCAUGCACUUGUUUUAAUAAUGCUUACAUGUUUCAGCUCUUGUUACAUUUUAUGGUUGAAGAGAAUGAUGAGUUAGACUUAGGAGAGCUAUUUGCAACUUCUUACUUCGCUCCAUGUUUGGACACAUUUCUUAUGACUCAGAUGCUCAUUAAGGAAGGAUUUUUUCACUCAUUGUACAUUGGCAUUAAUUUAUCACCUUAAGUAAUUGUUAAGUAUACAUACAAGACUCUUUUUUCUUAUUGAAUUCUGGACUUAAUUGCACAGUGUGCACAUGUUUCAAGAGACGAACACCCAUUGGGGAGAAACAAGCAUGGACAGCUUUUUGCUAUUUGCAAUGCUACGAGACCAAGCGGAAAAAUGGGGGCGAAUCAAACUGAGUGAUUUCCUUUGGCUCAGGAAACAAGCAGCAGGUUUCGCCAAAAAGGAUCAAACUACCGCGAUCAUACACAACAAUGCUACCUUUUGAAAGGAACCCAACCACCACCACCACCACCACCACCACUACUACCAUGGUUGGACGUGUGCGCUGUUGACAGCCAGCUAAUUGCGCUUUGAUGCCUGACUUUGGACUCUUGCCACUGGGAUUGCUCUUCCCUGACCUCCCCCUCAGUGCAAGGCUCCCUCUGAAGGCCUGGACCGCACGGCUAACAAUCCCUUAUAAAGUCUAUAGAGAUGCCUCUCCUUGCUGUCGGGAUUAUGGAAGAACUUUGAUGAGCCCAUUGAUGAUUUGCUUACUGCUGAAAUACAAUGCUUUCUAUAUUUUACAUUAUUGACCUCUUUUUUUCCACAUGUAUAUGGAUGUAUUUAGAGACUUUUUAAGAGAACUGGUGCUCCUCCCUAAUAGGAGGAACACCUGCAAAAAGCACAUGAAACUGACUGAUCGAUUCAGCAAAGCAGACUCGUCCACUGCAUCAGAAAUGUAACUAAUGUAACCACCUCUUGGACCAAUAUGGAUGGACCAUAUCCCAGCAUUCUUUGUUCCAACCCGGAUACUACUGCUACAACAAGAGCUUUCAAAGGAACACAGUGUGUAAUGUAUGCGAGGGAAAAAAAAAAGAUUUUGAUGACUGGACAGCAAACCAACUGUAAAGAUUUCAUUAAAAGCAUCAUGUACCUAAAGCAAUAAAUCCAUGCUUGAUA